AAUCCCGCGCGGGCAGGCGGCUGGCCAGGAGCACAUUCCCCUAGCCUCCCUAUGUGCCGACCCCGCGGCCUUGGGAAGCUCCUCCCUGGCCUUUCCUUCCUCCUCCUUCUUCUAGGAGGCAGUGGCGGGCGAAGCGUGAGCGCUGCGGUAUUUUGUCCCGAACGGUGACCCCUCCUCCCAGGCAGGCUGCGGCGGCGUCGGUGGCAGCCGAAAGCGGAGGAGAGGCCCGGGCGGCCCGGCGGCCUGGAGGCCGCGAAAGGUGGAGGCCGGGCCGCCCUUGUGCGCCGCAGGAUUGACGGGGGAAGGGGCAGAAGCUAGCAAGCCCCGCCCGGCCGCCGGGAAGGUGGGGGAAGCCCCGUGCAACCCCCGCCCUCCGGCCGCCGCCGCCCUGCUGGCCCUGCAGCCGUCUCCGCUGCCUCGGGCUACAGCCCCGGGCUCGGCGGUCCCGGCUGGGGAAGGAGGGCGGCGAGCGCGCCCGGAGCCGCCGGAGAUGGCAGGAGGGCACUGCGGCAGCUUCGCCGCGGCGGCGGCCGGCAGCGGCGAGAUCGUCCAACUGAACGUGGGGGGGACCAGAUUUAGUACCUCAAGACAAACUCUUAUGUGGAUUCCAGAUUCGUUUUUUUCCAGUUUGCUGAGUGGGAGAAUUUCAACACUUCGAGAUGAAACUGGUGCUAUAUUUAUUGAUAGAGAUCCAGCAGCAUUUGCACCCAUUUUAAAUUUUCUUCGAACAAAAGAACUAGACUUAAGGGGAGUAAGUAUUAAUGUUCUCAGGCAUGAAGCAGAAUUUUACGGGAUCACCCCAUUAGUAAGAAGGCUUCUCUUAUGUGAAGAAUUGGAGCGUUCCUCUUGUGGCAGUGUCCUUUUUCAUGGUUACUUGCCUCCACCAGGGAUUCCCAGUCGUAAAAUAAACAACACAGUCAGAUCCGCUGAUUCUAGGAAUGGACUUAAUUCUACAGAAGGUGAAGCCCGGGGAAAUGGUACACAGCCUGUUCUCUCUGGAACGGGAGAAGAAACUGUUAGGCUAGGAUUUCCUGUGGAUCCACGAAAGGUGCUAAUAGUAGCUGGCCAUCACAACUGGAUUGUAGCUGCAUAUGCCCAUUUUGCUGUGUGUUACAGAAUCAAAGAAUCUUCAGGAUGGCAGCAAGUGUUUACGAGCCCAUAUUUGGAUUGGACUAUCGAACGAGUAGCUUUAAAUGCAAAGGUGGUUGGAGGGCCACAUGGAGACAAAGACAAAAUGGUUGCUGUUGCCUCAGAGAGUAGCAUCAUCUUGUGGAGUGUUCAAGAUGGGGGAAGUGGAAGUGAAAUUGGAGUGUUCAGCCUGGGUGUUCCUGUAGAUGCUCUCUUCUUUAUUGGUAACCAGUUGGUGGCCACGAGUCAUACAGGGAAAGUGGGAGUGUGGAAUGCUGUCACUCAGCACUGGCAGGUUCAAGAUGUUGUUCCUAUAACUAGUUAUGACACUGCUGGAUCAUUCCUUCUGCUGGGAUGUAACAAUGGAUCAAUAUAUUACAUAGGUAAGUGUGUCAGUGGUAACUGGAUUGAGAUCGCCUAUGGUACGAGCUCUGGAGCAGUACGAGUGAUUGUACAACACCCAGAGACAGUUGGAUCAGGUCCUCAGCUUUUUCAGACUUUCACAGUUCACCGAAGUCCCGUAACAAAAAUCAUGCUAUCAGAGAAGCAUCUUGUAUCAGUCUGUGCAGAUAAUAAUCAUGUCCGGACGUGGACAGUAACACGAUUCAGAGGAAUGAUCUCUACUCAACCAGGUUCUACUCCUUUAGCGUCAUUCAAGAUACUCUCCCUGGAGGAGACAGAAAGUCAUGGUAGCUAUUCCUCUGGAAAUGACAUAGGACCUUUUGGAGAGCGAGACGAUCAACAGGUGUUUAUCCAGAAAGUUGUUCCCAUCACCAACAAACUAUUUGUAAGACUCUCAUCUACUGGAAAAAGAAUAUGUGAGAUCCAGGCUGUUGACUGUACUACAAUAUCUUCAUUUACAGUGAGGGAAUGUGAAGGAUCCAGUAGGAUGGGCUCGAGACCAAGGCGUUACUUGUUCACAGGCCAUACAAAUGGCAGCAUUCAAAUGUGGGAUCUGACCACUGCUAUGGAUAUGGUUAACAAAAGUGAAGAUAAGGAUGUAGGUGGUCCAACUGAAGAAGAGCUACUCAAAUUACUGGAUCAGUGUGAUCUGAGCACAUCUCGCUGUGCUACUCCUAACAUCAGUCCGGCAACUUCUGUAGUUCAGCAUAGCCACUUACGAGAAUCAAAUUCUAGCCUUCAGCUUCAGCACCAUGAUACCAUCCAUGAAGCAGCUACUUAUGGUUCCAUGAGGCCUUACAGAGAAAGUCCUUUAUUAGCAAGGGCAAGAAGGACUGAGAGCUUUCACAGUUAUAGGGACUUCCAGACUAUUAAUUUGAACAGAAAUGUAGAAAGAGCUGUCCCUGAAAAUGGUAACUUGGGUCCGAUACAAGCUGAAGUGAAAGGGGCGACAGGGGAAUGUAAUAUAUCUGAGAGAAAGUCUCCUGGAGUAGAAAUAAAAAGUUUGAGAGAAUUGGAUAGUGGAUUGGAAGUGCAUAAAAUAGCUGAAGGUUUUUCAGAAUCCAAGAAAAGGUCAUCAGAAGACGAAAAUGAAAAUAAAAUAGAGUUUAGGAAGAAAGGAGGAUUUGAAGGGGGAGGAUUCCUUGGAAGAAAGAAAGUUCCGUAUCUGGUCUCAUCACCAAGUACUUCUGAUGGAGGAACUGACUCCCCUGGUACUGCGUCCCCAUCUCCUACAAAGACUACUCCAUCUCCUCGGCAUAAAAAAAGUGAUUCUUCAGGUCAGGAGUACAGCUUGUGAAAACUCACCAAAAUGAAUAGUUGUUUUGUUACAUUUAGAUGAAAGUUAAACUUUCCUGAAUUUCAAUACAUCAGUUUUUACACUAAAACUUUACAAGAUAAAAUUGGACUUCAUUUAGUAUCUUUUUAACAGAAUUACUUGGGAUAAUGAGAUACAAUAAUCAUAUCUCUUUUGACAUUUUGGAAAUUUUUUUAAUUUUACAAGUACAUUUAACAGAUCAUUUAUAAAGCAGGAGUCCAUUUUAACACUUACCUACUUUUAUUGGUUUGGAAACAUAGUACCACAUCUUAAUAGGAUGGUGCCCAUAUAGGUGAGCAUCCCUUUAGAGCAUGGGAAGCAGCAGACUGCAUUCCUAAUCUUCAUCAUGCCUGAGACUUGUCUUGCAAUGUUACCUUUAAGUGAAUCACAUAAUUGUCUUUGGAACUUGGUCUCCCAACCCUUAUUGUGAUUGCAAAGUGUUUACCAGAUAUUUGAUGAGGUGCUAUGUUUGUGAAAAACAUGUUAUUCAAAAACACUAUUGAUAUUGAAUACCGGAUACCACUAUGUAGUAAGUCUUUCAGGAUGAUUUUAAUUUAGUCGUGCGUCAUUUUCUGAUUCUCAUCAUUGGGAGUUCUUAAAUCUUAGCAAGCAUUAGCAAUAUUCAAUGCCAAAAUUCCAUUGAAACUUUCAAGUUGGAGCAAUUGUCUGUGUUUGAAAAGAUGAAAUAAAAAUAAUCAAGGGCAAAGCUUUGAGUGCCCAGAAGGGAAAGCCAUACCAGUUGCUAACCUGUCUUGUUUUAGGAACCACCAUAUUUUUUUUUCAGUGUUAACAAUCAUGAUAAUCAAAUUAAAACACUAUUUUAUUCACUUGUGGAACUGCAGUUCUGAAUUUUGGGUUAAAGGUUUUGGCUGCUGUAAGAAUGUGAAUUUGAAUGUAUUUUGAAUUGUAAGAGCAAAAGAACUUUUUUGUACAAUUUUUUUUCAUUUAAUUGGAAUGAUCUUCAGGUUUCUACAAAUAGGGUAAUUAUAAAUUUAAAGCAUUAGCAUUUAUUGGUGAAUAAUGUAUAUAUCCCCAUUCCAAGAAAUGUAAGUGAGUGAAGUUGAAAUAAAAUCUUUAAAGUUUACUAUAUUGCCAGUGGUUUCACAACAGUUCUCUUGUAUUUAUUUAUCAAUUAAAUAAAAAUGAUUGUG